AUGGAUUCCAACACCGACAGCCGAGACCAGGUCCCGACACAGGGCGCGCCGGACGAGGCCAUGCUGGCGCACAUCCGCGCUUCGGUCGAGGCUGUCGCCGCCGAGACCUUUGAGCGGCUCUCGGCGGCCCACGAGGCCGCCUCCGAAGACGCGCUUGUGGCCAAGUGGCGCCGGCUGGCCGACGAGCGGACGGCCGAGCUGCAGGCGCGCGAGGCUGCUAGUGAUCCAGCCCGCUGGCAGCGCCGCGCCCGCCCCAUGCCGCCGGCCCCGCCAGCUCGCCUUGAUCCGGCUCUGUACUCGGUGUACGUGGCCGACCGGCCGCCGCUGCCGCGCACAGUCGACGCCGCGCGCGCUUUGCAUCCGCACUCGCACCCGCAUCCGGCCCCUGCCCGCUUGGAUCUGGUAGCGCAGCUCUGCGAUGAGAACGAGCAUCUUCGGUCGACGGUCGGUGUGCAGGCGGCCGAGAUCGAUGCGCUCCGCGCCCGGGUCCGGGAGCUCGAGCGCUCCGAGUCCAACCUCCGCUCCGGCUUCCUCGACCUGACCGACGCCUACCGCGACGCCGUGGCGCGGCUUGACUCCGCGAACACCGGCUCCGAGCCGUAG